AUGCAUGUUGUUGAAAAGGUUCGUUAUUUUUCAUACACCCAAAGUAACGGAUGUCUUACUUGUUUUAUUGUACAGAAAAGCAGGGAAAAAGGAAUCCCCAAGUCCAUGGGUCCAGCCCAUGGGGACCGAAGAGGAAGGAAAGCUCUAAGCCCACUAUCAAGGAACUUUAUAAAAAAAGAUUUUCAUAGUGCACGGGAAAAUCUUAAUAUGGACAUGGAAGAACUAAAUAGUAACUCGGCCACAAAAAAGCGUCCCUCCGUUAGAACCCCUGCUAAUUAUGUUCCUGUUUGGAGGAGGCCCUUGAGCGGUGGGAAGACCACUGGUGGGUCCCCAAAUCAGAGUCCACGGAGAAGGCCAGUGAGGAGUGAGAAUGCUGCAUCUAUUGGACAAGAUAAAUGUAAAGUUAUCAGACAACCACCCAUGAGGUUUAGGCUGUGAUAUCAAUGGUGCCAUAAAACUUGUUAACUCACACUUGUUUGUCCUGGGGCUGUUGUUGUUGGCUGGUCUUUGGUGAAAAUACGAUAUUGUAAUGCCGUAUGGUUUUUGUUUUCGGCUAUGGUUUGAAAAGUCUAUGUGUUUCAUCAAGACUACAGGACGUGAUAAACUUAAAACAUUUUAGAAUUAAAGAUUGUAAAAAAUAAUAUACUGUGCAUAUUAAUAAAAAAUUAGAUUCUAAAGUAAAAUCUAAGUAUAAGUAACUUAAGUGUUUUAAACAAAGGGAUCUUAACNUUUUUCAUACACCCAAAGUAACGGAUGUCUUACUUGUUUUAUUGUACAGAAAAGCAGGGAAAAAGGAAUCCCCAAGUCCAUGGGUCCAGCCCAUGGGGACCGAAGAGGAAGGAAAGCUCUAAGCCCACUAUCAAGGAACUUUAUAAAAAAAGAUUUUCAUAGUGCACGGGAAAAUCUUAAUAUGGACAUGGAAGAACUAAAUAGUAACUCGGCCACAAAAAAGCGUCCCUCCGUAAGAACCCCUGCUAAUUAUGUUCCUGUUUGGAGGAGGCCCUUGAGCGGUGGGAAGACCCCUGGUGGGUCCCCAAAUCAGAGUCCAUGGAGAAGGCCAGUGAGGAGUGAGAAUGCUGCAUCUAUUGGACAAGAUAAAUGUAAAGUUAUCAGACAACCACCCAUGAGGUUUAGGCUGUGAUGUCAAUGGCGCCAUAAAACUUGUGAACUCACACUUUUUUGUCCUGGGGCUGUUGUUGUUGGCUGGUCUUUGGUGAAAAUACGAUAUUGUAAUGCUGUAUGGUCUUUGUUUUCGGCUAUGGUUUGAAAAGUCUAUGUGUUUCAUCAAGACUACAGGACGUGAUAAACUUAAAACAUUUUAGAAUUAAAGAUUGUAAAAAAUAAUAUACUGUGCAUAUUAAUAAAAAAUUAGAUUCUAAAGUAAAAUCUAAGUAUAAGUAACUUAAGUGUUUUAAACAAAAGGAUCUUAACAACAUUUAAAGGAUAAAAGAGAACUAAACAUUUCAUACAUUUUAGUUAUUAAGUGAGUUAAUAUAAAUUUUCUUUUUCCUUCUCUAAGGAGUAUAUUUUAUAACAAAUUGAUAUAUAAUAAUUAUUACAUUGUUGUAAUCCUUUUUUAUGUUUGUCAGAUUAAGUAUAAGUAUUUUUUGAAAAAAUAAAUGACGACAAAGAAAAGUGACUCUUGCUCUUAAUUAAUGAAGUUAUUUUCUGAUUAAUAUGAUUAUGGCUAGAGUUCCUUGACUAGGAAUCUGGUGCAAUGAAUUUGUAAAAUAUUAUCAUCAUUUAUUUCUUGUUUGCUCGUUUUAGGGACAACUGUAAACAAUAUUAAUUUAUUAUUAUGAUAUACAAAACACAGUUAAAUAACCUUGAAAAGUUAGUGACAGUUUAACCAACAUUCUUUUCUGGGAUGAUAGAGUAUAAAAAUGUAAAUUUCACAAUAAACGUAAGGGAUCAUUUUGUUCAUACCGUUGUUUUUCACCAGAUUAAGGAUUAAAUUUUCAUUCUAAAAAUAAACCUUGUUUAAAGCCUUAAAAUAAGGUAAACAGCUAAGAGAAAAAGUGAUUUUAACAAAUAAUCAUUAAAAAAUAAAGGGAGAGGGAGUGGACAUAUUUUUCUUCUCUUAAUUGUAACCUCUAAAAUUGUAUUAAUGCUAUUAUUUGCUUAUACUACUACACGCAAAAGGUUUGUAAUUUUCACAUGUUGGUAUUUCAAAUUAAGCUGAAAUACCACUGCUCUAAUCCAAUCAGAUUGCAGAAAUUUCUCAUGUGUAGUAUAAAUGCUAUUAAUAGUGUUAUAAAUUUUUCAACAACGGGCCCAAGUUGUUCAAAAGGUGGAUAGCGCUAUCCAGCGGAUAAAUCUCUAUCCAGUGGAUAGUGCAAUUGGUUUCCCUAAUACUUGUCCUCUGGAUUGUGAUUUAUCUGGUGGAUAGCGCUAUCCAGCUUUUCAACAACUGGGGCCUGAACUGAAAAUAUUCUGAAGGUUAAAACCCAACGAAAGGAGCAUGUAUGUGGAGCCAGUGAGUAUAAAUACUUUGACAGUUCAUUAAUUUUUUUAGUAAAUUUAUUUUUAUUUUUUUGUUAAGGUAAGUUUAUAUCUUAAAUUUUGUUUUGUAACUGUUUUAAUUAAAAUGUGUAAUAUAUAAGGACCUUUCAUAAAUGUUGCACUUUUCUUAAUUUUUCCAAGGUGUUUAAAUAAUUUUUCAAAUAAUUUUGAUCUACAAAACAUGCAGUUAAAUUUGCUUCUAUGUUGUUCUUCUUUCUAAAGUGCUAAAGUUGAAAAGUAAAAUUUAAAACUGUAACUUUAAUGUCAAUAUUGAAGGAUUAUUUGGAAUUGGUUAUUGUGAUUUGAAGUCCAUUAUUGGUCUGACUAAUUUUUUUACCUGCUUAAAUUUUUUGCUCCUUGUGGGGAGAGCUCGCAACAAUGUAAUAACUGACAACUGGUUUGCUAUUUUUUAGGUAAAAGCCUUGGAAAAACUUAG